AUGGUUAAUUUAAUGGGAAAACAAGUUCCAUUUACAUAUUCCGAUCAUACAGUUUUACUAGACAUUCCUAAUACGAUUUGUAUAAAUGAACAUGUUUAUCGUCUAAUAGAUGAAUGGCAUUUACCAAUUUUUGUAUUUCCAAAAUUACAAGAAGCACUUCGACUAUUUUUCAAUGAACAAACUCAAAUAGUUGCUGAUGAAACAACUCAAUUAACUGUUCAACCUUUUAUUGAAGGACAAUAUGAAAUUCAAACACUUCUUGAUCAAUGGUUUAAUCUUGUUCAAGAAUGUAAAAUUUAUACACAUAAUCUUGAACGACCUAGUGAUGAACAUAUUUUUUCAAAUGCAUUUCAAAAUGUUCUUCAUACAGGAAAUAAUUAUGAAAUACUUCUUCAACUUGAAUAUAUUUAUCAAAGUGAAAUAGAAGAUUUAUUAAAACAACGUGAUAAACAAAUACAAGAACUUGAUGCAAAACAUCAUCGAGAAAUGCAAGAAGUAGUUAGUGAACCCACAGAUAAAUAUCCUGAUGUUUAUGUUCGAAAUCUUGCACAAAAACAUAUGGAAGAUAAACAAUCUGUUGAAGGUAAAUGGAAUAGUAAUAUAACAUCAGCUAAAGAUCGUCAAAAACAACAAUUUAAAGAACGUAUUAUGCAACUACAUGAAGAAAGUUUAGUAUCAAAUAGUUUACAAACUUUAAAUGGCAAUAAAAUUUAUACACGUCUUAAUAUAAUACCAUCAUCACCAUUAUCGAUUGUAAUUGCUGUACCUGAUACAACAUUACAUGAACGUCGUUUAGAAACAAGUUAUACUGUACAACUUGGUGCUCAAUUAAAAUCGAUGUAUAAUCUUCGUUUAAUUCGUUGUGAUAUGCUUGAUUAUUGUCGUUUAAAAACUGAAAAAAAAGAUAAUAAAAUUUUAUUUGAACCACAACGUCUUCAAACACUUAUGUCACUUUAUUCAAGUUCACUUUGUGGUCUUGUACUUCUUGUACCAAAACGAAUUCGAUUAACAACUGCUGAUAUUAAAGAAGAAUUUGCUUCUGUAUGUGAACGUUCAACUGAUUUUCAUUUUCCAUCAUUUGAACAACAAUUAUCAAGUAUUGAAGAUUGUAUACAAAAAGCUAAUCAAGCUCGAUCAACAGCAUCUGUUAGUCUUGAUUCAAAUUCAUUAACAAGCAAACAAAGUGAUACAUCUUUAGAAGAACAAAAUCUAUGUUCAGUUGGUGAUUUUUAUGUUACACGUCAUUCAAAUUUAUCUGAAGUACAUGUUGUUUAUCAUUUGGUUGUGAAUGAUAGUGCUUUACGUUCAUCAUCAGAAAUAACUUCACGUCAUGCUGCUCUAUUUGGUUUACGAAAUAUUUUAAAAGAAUGUUGUAAACAUGAUAUAACAACAUUAACAUUACCUUUAUUACUUACACAUGAUAUGACAGAAGAAAUGACAAUACCUUGGGUAUUGAAACGAACUGAAUUAGUAUUAAAAUGUCUUAAAGGUUUUAUGAUGGAAAUGGCAACAUGGGGUGUUAAUCGAUGUUCUACUAUUCAACUUGUUGUACCUAAAAAUUUACUUGAUCAAACAUUUUUUCAAUUGGCUGAUCUUGUACCGACUAUAUUUCGAGAAUCGAGAACAGUGACAUUACAAUUUUAA